AUGACAAGGUACAACAUUGAAUUGGAAAACAGUAGUCUUGUGUCAGCCACUCUUCCCCCAGGUAGUCUUGUGUCAGCCACUCUUCCCCCAGUUAGUCCUGUGUCAGCCACUCUUCCCCCAGUUAGUCUUGUGUCAGCCACUCUUCCCCCAGGUAGUCUUGUGUCAGCCACUCUUCCCCCAGUUAGUCUUGUGUCAGCCACUCUUCCCCCAGGUAGUCUUGUGUCAGCCACUCUUCCCCCAGGUAGUCUUGUGUCAGCCGCUCUUCCCCCAGGUAGUCUUGUGUCAGCCACUCUUCUUCCAGUCAGUCUUGUGUCAACCACUCUUCCCCCAGUUAGUCUUGUGUCAGCCACUCUUCUUCCAGUUAGUCUUGUGUCAGCCACUCUUCCCCAGUUAGUCUUGUGUCAGCCACUCUUCCCCCAGGUAGUCUUGAGUCAGCCACUCUUCCCCAGUAGCCUUGUGUCGGCCACUCUUCCCCCAGGUAGUCUUGUGUCAGCCACUCUUCCCCAGGUAGUCUUGUGUCAGCCACUCUUCCCCCAGGUAGUCUUGUGUCAGCUACUCUUCCCCAGUAGUCUUGUGUCAGCCACUCUUCCCCCAGUUAGUCCUGUGUCAGCCACUCUUCCCCCAGUUAGUCUUGUGUCAGCCACUCUUCCCCCAGGUAGUCUUGUGUCAGCCACUCUUCCCCCAGUUAGUCUUGUGUCAGCCACUCUUCCCCCAGGUAGUCUUGUGUCAGCCACUCUUCCCCCAGGUAGUCUUGUGUCAGCCACUCUUCCCCCAGGUAGUCCUGUGUCAGCCACUCUUCCCCAGGUAGUCUUGUGUCAGCCACUCUUCCCCAGGUAG